AUGCUUUUACUAACUUUUGAUGGUUUGACUUUUUUUUCAAUAAGAUUCUUUUUCGUACCAUUUACACGACUUUCAUACAUUUUAGUACCAGGGUUCAUUACAGGCAUAGUGACUUUAUUGGUUGGAGCUUAUAACUUGCCACCAAAGGACUUAUGGAGCAAAUUAGGGGAGUCGGAUAUUGCGGUGGUUACAGGGGGGUCGCGUGGUUUGGGCCUGGAAAUUACCAAGCAAUUGUUGCAGAGAAAUGUAAUUGUAUACAUGCUUGAUAGGCAAGAGCCGGUGCAAGAUGAUAUGAUGCAGAAUAAUCCGAGAUUGCACUUUAUCAAUUGCGAUUUGGGUGAUGAGGAUCAAUUGCAUAGGACAAUAACCGAACUAAUUGCGCAUUUGCGCAACUCGGAUCAAUAUAUAAGCGUGCUCGUUAACAAUGCUGGAAUCAGGGACAACAAGUCAUUGGUUAGACUCGAUUUUGAAAGAGUGAAACAGGUGUUCAACGUUAAUACCUUGCUGCAAGUUUUCAUUUUACAAAAGGUGGUUUCUAACCAUCUCAAAUACAAUGAAAACGGCAAGCUUUCAAUAGUUACUGUGUCAUCAAUAUUGGGAACCUUUGCACCGAAAAACUUGUCGAUAUAUUCAGCAUCCAAGGCUGCGCAAAUCAUGUUGCAUGAUGCUCUCCAGCAAGAGCUAAAGCAACAUAAGAGAAUCCGACUUUUGCUCGUGACAUCGGGACAAAUGGAUACCGAGUUGUUCAAAGAUGUUAAGCCUACGAAGCAAUUAGUAGCACCAGUGGUGAAACAUGCAGAGUUGGCAAAAACAAUAGUGGAAAAAGUUGAUAUCGGGUUCAUGGGCUGUUUGUCCAAACCCUUAUAUGCCAACUUUUUACCGGGUGUUAGAACAGCACCAAUGUUUGUACAAGACUUUUGUCGUUGGGUGAGCGAAAUGGACGAGCAAAUCAAAGAAGAGAAGGAUUAA